AUGACGAGCUGCUCCCGGUCCCUGGUGCGGCUGCUCCCACUCAGACGGUGGCCGUCGCGGGGCUUUGGCCCCACGUGGGUCUGCAGCAGCGAGCCGGGGAGCCCCCUCCUGGGGCCGGCCCCCCAGAGCUGCUUCGUGCAGGUGGCGGGCGACGUGCGCAGACACCUGGAGGAGAUGGCCAGGAUACGCCGCGCUGUCUGCCAGGCCCAGCCGCCCCUCCGCUGGGAGCCUGCGGGCCAGAGGCAGCUGGGGGAGGCUGGGGAUGCCAAGGCGGAGCUGGGCUCCCCGGGGCCGCGGGAGGAGAAGUUCCAGCUCUCUGUGGACGUGGCCGGCUUCUCCCCAGAGGAGCUGACGGUGAGGCUGGAGGGGAGGAGCAUGACGGUGACUGGGAAGCGUGAAAAGCAAAGCACGUGGGAAGAGGGGGGCCGCAGCCGGGAAUACAGGGAGCUGCGCACACAGGCUGUGCUGCCAGAGGACGUGGAUCUCCAGGCCGUGACCUGCUCCCUGUCCCGGGACGGACAGCUCUGCAUCCAGGCUCCGCGCCUGGCCCCGGCGCCCGUGGAGGGGAGAGCCUAG